UUGUAAAUAGAACGAAGAAGAAGAAGCGCGGAAGCGGCAGCAGGAAGCCACAUUAGCCUGGUUAGCCUGCAGGCUAACGCGGACUGAAAUGAGGAUUCUAAGCUGAACUGUGUUUGACCCGUGCUGACCUGCGCGGGCGUUGCCGUGGGCGAUGGCUCUGAUCGAAGGCGUGGGCGACGAGGUGACGCUGCUCUUCGGCUCCCUGCUGCUGCUGCUGGUGCUGCUGCUCGCCUGGAUCUCCACCCGCACCCCGGAGCCCCAAGAGCACCUGUUCACCGCCUCCGUGAGCGUCAGCCAGCAGCACAGGACCGGCCCCGCCCACCAGGACUCGCCCCUCGCCUCCACCAGCGUCCCGUCCUCGCCCUCUUCUUCUUCCUCCUCGCCGCUGUCGUCGUCCGCCUCCAGCUCCGUGAGCGACGGCUCCGGGACCGAGGCCCCGCCCGUCACCGCGACCCCCCAGGAGGAGGGGGAGGACGGCGGGACGGGAGAGACUGUGGGAGGAGAUGGCAUCAGGAACAGGGGAGCCGGAGGAGAAAGUGUGUCAGAGGACAUGGUGGUCAGACUGAAGUUUCUGAAUGACACAGAAAGAACAGCUCAGGUCAAACCGCAGGACACCAUCGGAUACAUCAAACGGACCUACUUCGCCGGUCAGGAGCAGCAGGUGCGCCUCAUCUACCAGGGCCAGCUGCUGCAGGACGACGCUCAGACUCUGGCCUCCCUCAACCUGGUCCACAACUGCGUCCUGCACUGCCACAUCUCGCAGCACGCGGGCCGGGGCGCGGCGGGGGGGCCGCGGCCCGCCGACCAGGUGCAGGUGGCCCUGAACGUGGGCAGCCUCAUGGUGCCGCUGCUGGUCUUCAUGCUGUCGGUGCUGUGGUACUGUCAGAUCCAGUACCGGCAGUUCUUCACCGCCCCGGCCACUGCCUCGCUGGUCGGCGUCACCAUCUUUCUCAGCCUGGUGGCCUUCGGGGUCUACCGCCGCUAGCUGCUCCCCGAUUGGCUGCUGCUGCUGCUGCUGCUGGUGCCUCUGACUUGUGGGAGUCGAUGGAUGCUGAUCAUAGUUAUUAAUGUUUGUUUCUGUUGCCAUGGAGAUGCUGAGCGUAAGCCAGGACUUUGAUUUUUAAUGUUUUAGUUCUUUUGUAGGCCUU